CUUACAACUACAAACAACUGAUUCGAUGUAGUAUUACUUUAGCGCUACCUUGUUAUCACUCUUACAACAACAUAAGCACAUAGGCUAACCUCCCCACCAUCCAAAUAGAUUUUUGCUUUCCACCAGGCUAGCCUACAUAACUUUUUUUUUUUUUUUUUUUUUUUCGCGCCGAGCCCUACUCGGCUUUAGUUUCACCUCACCUCAUAGUCAAUUUUGCAACACUACACCAACUAUCUCGCAAAAAUAACCUUUUCUGCUGCAUCCGCAGACCUAAUUAUGGCCAACUCUACCUGCGCCUGCAGUGAUCUAGCUAAUGCUAAUGAAAGACUAGCCAAAGCCAACAUGACGAUUGAAACACUUAGACGUGACAUUCGCCGGCUACAAUGCGAGGUAGUCAUAAAAUCCCAUAACACCACGUUGAAACACCAAACCAGUAAUACUAGCGCCAACCUAACUACACUAUCUUUUUUCCCCAGCCACAGCAAACACCAGCCGAAGUCCCCCCCGAAUCCACCGUGCUCCACUCCCGCGCGUCGUAGCUGGACGGAGGUGGUUAACGGCGGCAGGGGAGUACUGCAGAAAUGUUCACCACCUCUAGUGACUAGCAAUCGUUUUUCUGUACUUGACUCAGUCAUCGAUGCAGAAACUGACCCUGUCCCCCCCUCCCACCAGGUGCCCAAGCCUCUACCACAAAGAGUGCGACCCAGAAGCCGCCGGACCCUCGCUACCCCCAGGCAAAUCACCCGAGAGCAGCCUGCCCAUUCAGAACCCCGGCGACCAUCAACAGUCCUCAUAGGAUCUUCGAUGGUUCGCCACGUAACCCUACGAAACGCCCAGACGUGGUGCCUACCUGGAGCUCUCGUAGCCGAUGUCCAGUCGAAUGUGCCGGACGCGCUGUCACAGUAUCCUACUGCCACAACUCUCAUCGUCCACGCAGGCUCCAAUGACAUCCGGCUGCAGCAGUCUAAAAAACUUGAGUCCGAUUUCCUCUCCCUUAUUAAUACCCUUAGCAGCACUGGAAAAAAAUACGCUAUCUCAGGCCCCAUCCCCUCUGUUUGUUUCUCUGCCUUCCAGUUCUCCCGAAUCCGCCAACUGCACGUCUGGCUGAUGAGACACUGCCGCCAAGAAGCCAUUCCCUACGUUGACAACUUCUCCGCUUUCUGGAACCGCCGAAACCUCUUCGCACGAGAUGGAAGGCACUUAAACAGAUCUGGCGCUCGUCUCCUCGCGACCAACCUAGAGCUGACCCUCGAAGCCCAUCGGUCCUUGGAUUGACUAACAGCUCUCAGGUCCACUGAUGCCAAGCUGCUAAGGACCCCCACCCCCCCGCAGAAGAAGAUCGGCGACGCCGCGUUUGCCUGCUAUGCGCCCAAGAGAU